CCCGAAAAUAACGUUUCAGACGAGAGUACUAGUACUUCAGCAUAGCCCUUUCGAGUUUGCGGCAGCAGGAUUGUGGUUCUGACAGCUCUCGUCUGCUAAAGUCACUUGUAGCUUCGACAUUCCUAUUUAUUUUAUUUUAUUUGUGUGUUAGGUGAGAAUAAACUAAAAAUCAGCCAUGGAUGCCAUCAAGAAGAAGAUGCAGGCAAUGAAAUUGGAAAAGGAAAAUGCCUUGGAUAAAGCAGAACAGUUAGAACAAAAACUUAGGGAUGUUGAGGAAACCAAAGCAAAGGCAGAGGAAGAUCUUACUCUUCUCCAAAAGAAAUACACAAACCUCGAGAAUGAGUUCGACCAAGUCAACGAAAAAUACAAUGAAGGUGUCAACAAGCUUGAGGUCUCCGAGAAACGUGUAACAGAGGCAGAAGAUGAAAUCAAGGGCUACACUAGGCGUAUCCAACUUUUAGAAGAUGACCUUGAACGUACACAAGUCAAGUUGGACGAAGCCACCUCUAAGUUGGAAGACGCAACCAAAACAGCAGAUGAGAGUGAAAGAGGACGCAAGGUACUCGAGAGCAGAAGCAUUGCUGAUGAUGAUAGAAUUGAUGCAUUAGAAAAACAAGUGAAAGAUGCUAAAUAUGUUGCUGAGGAAGCCGACCGUAAAUACGAUGAGGCUGCCCGUAAACUUGCUAUCACUGAAGUAGAUCUUGAACGCUCCGAGACCCGAUUGGAAGCUGCUGAAGCCAAAAUUACCGAACUCAGUGAAGAGCUGGCUGUGGUUGGUAAUAACUGUAAGGCCCUGCAGAACGCCGUAGACCAGGCAUCUCAGAGAGAAGACAGUUACGAGGAGACUAUCCGUGACUUGACCCAGAGACUCAAGGACAAAGAGCGUCGUUUGGAGGAUGCUGAACGAGAAAACACACGGCUACUCGCGGAAGUAGAUCAUUGUGAAAGGAAAUACGACCAAUUGAUGGAAAGUCAUGAGCAAAUAAAAAUGGAAUUGGAGAACACAUUUGCUGAUCUUGAUAAUAUGUGAGCAUGUACCCAUUCCAUUAUUUCAUCAUUUUAUAUUUAAAGAUGAAUUACUUGCUGAAAAGGAGAAGUACAAGGCGAUUAGUGACGAAUUGGAUCAAACAUUUGCUGAGUUAGCUGGCAUGUGAGAACAUCAACUUUUGUCAGACAACAAGAAAAAUACACUUCAUUUACAUUUCUACAAAGCCCUGUUUCGCUGUUAUUGAUGAUGGAAAAAAAAAACAUUCUAUGCAAAAUGUUAACUUUCGGACAAAAGCUGAAGUGAUUUUUUAAUGGAAUAUGAAAAGUUUAUUUAUAAGUUUCAGACUUUAAUAAUGUUAUUUGUAUAUUUUUAAGGACAGAUGUAGAGUAAUUGAUACAUGCUUUACGGCUUAUAUAGUAUUGUAAAUUUAUGUGUAUCUGUGUGUUUUCCGCAAUAUCACAGGAAAGAAUUAUAAGCAACAGUGGUCUUUCUUUCAUUUACUGUUUUUUAUUUAAGGCUCUUCGUGUUGCUAUGUUACUGUUAGGUCUAAGUGGGUGUUCUUUUUUUCUUUCAUAUGCACAGAGAAUUCAGCAAAUGGAUUUUAAAUAGUCGCUAUAUUUACUAAAUGAUACAAUGUAUUAACAGACAUAUAACUUUGAACAAAUAAUUUUUUUAUUACGGAAAACGUCUCCUGCCUUAACCACAAAAAAUUGUAUGUAUGUAUGUAUGUAAUUAAAAGAUUGACUCUAUUCAGCCAAAUCUUUUUGGGGUUACUUGCUUCUGACAUACACCAGGUUUCAUUUUGCGGAAACUUUCGGUUUUAACUGCAGCAGCUGCCGGUUUACUGAGAACAUGUUGUUGUGGAAACUGUCGGUACUGCACCGCUCCUUACGCACGUGUCCUUUUAUAUUGACUUUGUCUAUACGCCAUAUGUGAAUAGAUGUCAAGUCAUAUUGAAGGCUUUAUAGGGAUAUGUGUUGAAAGGGUUUCGAAUGAUAAGUAGCCUCAAUAAAUUUUGGCUAUGUUAAUGAGAAUGUGGGAGCCAUUUGGGUUAACAAUGUUGAAGUGUGUCGAGCCUGAGUGGCAAAAGAUAUUGUUAUAAUAAGGUCCGCAGUGGACUUACUAAAAUUAUCUGAAGCGUAUUUAACAUCAAGCUUGAUAAUAAAAAAAGAAACACGCAUCAUUUACCAUCAUGAUACACUGAACCAUCUGUAUAUUGAAGAGAAAAUAAAUAUGGCAAUAUCCAGCCCCCUUCUGCCAUUCCGCUCAUCACCUUCAACAUCUCCCCAUUCUUAAGGUGUAUGUUCUGUUAUAGAAGUUAUUUUGAUCAUUUUUUCGUGUAAAAAAUGACUUGUAGCCCAAAUAUUAAGAUCUUCAUUUAUAUCAUUUACAGAAAUUUAUUUACUGUGUAAAUUGCAAACUAUUUUGUAUUAAAAAUUGGUACCAAUUUUAACUUUUUUUGUGUCAUAGACAAUUGUGUAAUCAUUUUUAUUAUCGGUAAACAGUUUAGUUUACUAAACUUGUUCGGAGAUGUUCGGUGUAUAGGGAGAUGUUGUAUAUUAUGUCUUCGGAACUUACGUAGAUAGCUUGGCCUUCACUGCAUUCUUCCUGGAUAUUGCCAACUUUGAUUUUUAACCUUCAAUAAAAAAAAUCAUAUUGUUA